CAGAAAGGUAUACUUGAGUUUAGUUUAUCCUUUACUGUGUUAGACAAAAUUUACAACAAAAAAAGUACCUAGUAAUCGGUUAAAACAGUUAAAACACGAUACAGUUUUAACUCGCUUUAACAACUCUCCAAAUACAGUAAAUAUCAAUAAUUGUCAUCCAGAUGAUUGUUUUAAAUUGAAUGAUAACCAAAUAAAACAGUUAAAGAGGAUUUAAAUGCCAUUAUUCAUAAGUACAUUAAUGUAAUGGGGCACGUCGAAGGGGUUUACCCAUUAAAUCUCUAGAAUUAAUUGUUGUGUAAAUAAGUAACUUGUUAAAAUACACUAUAAAUGAUCAGAUAAAAAAAUAUAGCUGACCCGAUUGUGUUUAAAAAUUUCCAACCCAUGUUGUCACCAUCUGCUAUAUCAGAUAUUCAGCAUUCAGGGAAGUUUAAAUCUUGACAAAUAAAUUUUCUCUAUCUUUAUCUAGUAUUCUACACCUAACAGUAAUAUUCAAUUAGCUCUCCCAUCGUACGUAAGUAGUACAAAUAUAUGUAUAGUAGUUUCGAUUUAUUAAAAGUUUAUUCGGUCAGAUAACUAAUAGGUAAAUCAUUCAAAUAAUCGGAAUGUGAUAUUAUGUAUAUGAGAUAUCUAACAGUAACUAACCGUUCUCUAUAUAGUUUCAUCCUGAUAUCUGGUAGUUUUUACCAAUAGUUUGAGAACUAUCAAGUUUCCCUGCUUAGCAUGAUCAAACGGCAAACACCUUUGUCAGUACUGCUUUAUUAAGACGCUGGAAUCUAUGAUCAUUUUUAUCUCAGUAUAGUAGUUACGGUCGGGUAUCUAGGAUUGAAUUUUACUGGAUAUCACAGACUCUCUUUAGCACCAGCACUCAUUGGAGAUCGCAGGCUUACUUUCGAUUGUCUAUUGUAGUAAAUCAAUAUUCUAACAAAACUUUCAAAAUAAGAUCUAGUUAAUAAAUUGUGCAAAAAUCUGUAAAUUCCACUUUUACUAUCACUAGUUUUCUUGGUCACUGUUUCUGGUCAUAUUCACAGACAUUUAUAAUAAAAUAGCAUUCUUUUUUAAAUAUAGUGAAAAUGACACACAUGUAACUCUGUGUAUUACCCUUUCCACACACUAUUCUCAAAAUUACUUUGUCAUGUGAAUAUAUUUAUCUAUAAAUCAAUCCUAUUGGUGUUAUGCAUCAAUGUGUAGUUUACUUGUCUGUAUACGUGUUAAUAACUAUAUGUGCAUGAAGGCUGGUGCCUUAUAAACACAAAUUACUUCACGUGUACAUAAUCAAUCUUAUAUAUAUAUAGGUAUAAUCACCAUACAACUCACACAAUGUAACCUGCUCAUCUACUGGUUGUUAUUUUUAGAUUUCAAUUAAGAAUAAUUUCUGUCUAAUAAAACAUACCAUAAUUGGAACCACUUCAUAAACAGUAAAGAACGAGGCAUGGAAAUAUCUUGACACAGUCACCUUUCAAAGCAAAACAAAACAAAAAACGAAUCGAGUAUCUCUUUUUGCAAAUGUUGAAACAAACAAUUAUAUUUCAUAAAAUAUUACCAAUUGACUGGAUUGAUAUCUUUGGCGGUAAAUAAAAUUUGAAGUUUACCAAGUUUAAACAAAAUUCACAGUAGUAGUAGUAGUAGAUCAUUUUUUUCUUUUUCAUAAUACUCAUGAAAAACAAACAGUAACUUAGUGAUUAAUUUUCUUUCUGAUUACAGUUUUCACUUGAAGUAAAUUUGUACUACUAAUGAUAUAUGAAUAAAUUCAACAGAAAAUUAUUAACUAUAAAAUGCAUUCUACAUUAAUCAUUUUCUAUGAAUAAUACAAGUUUGCAUUUCACAAUGAUGCAAUUAGUUAAAUGUAUCCAUAUAUCUAUAUACAGUAAUACAUCUAAUAUAUAAUGUUUAUACCAACUUGGAUAUUAUCUCUAUUAUUGUAUUUAUAUGUUACAAGUGAAUUAUAUUAUAACGAAAUUCAUGGCUUUGAAAUAGGUAAAACAGAUUUUAAACCAGAGUUGAAAGCGAAUCAUGGUCCGAAUUUUACUCAAAUUACAUGUCGUAUAAAUCGUCCAAAACCAAAUGCAGAAGUCUACUUGACAUGUCCUGCCUUAGGAGAAAGUACAACACAUGAAAAUUGUUACCAAGGCUGUCAACCGACCAAUCCUUGCACUCACUCAACACAGUAUCAGUCUGGAUGUGUACCACAUGACCAAACAGUAUUUUGUCAGAAAAUUGAAUUUCCUAAUGGUACUGUUGUAUUGAAUUUAAACGUGGAUCGAACUGACAAACGACUGGCAGGUUUAUGGUCUUGUACACAUGCUGGUCUGGAAAGUACCAAGUUUGAGAUAGAAUUAAAAAGUUAUUCAAUUAUGAAUGAAAUUAAUCCACUUUCAAAACCUGUGGUAAAACAAGAGAAACAUGACUCAGAUACAAAGAUUUUACGAAACACACACUCUAAUCAAAAUAAUUUGGUCAACAAUCAAUCAACAUCUUAUAUGAGAAAACCGGAAGUAUUACUUACUAUACUAUCGAUAUUGAUUUUAUCAAUUCUUAUCAAUUUGGGAUUCUGCAUUCGAUGUUUACUAUUUCGUUCCUAUAUUGACGCAUCACAAGAAGGAUCAAGUAAAACAAGUUGCCUAGCUGCUUGUCUUUGCUUACCUGAUGAAAUGAGGAAGGGUUCACUAAUUAUGACGACACCAAUUCUACCUCGAGCAACUAUGACGCCGCAUAUGAAUCAUGUUAGAAUAAAUGGCUCAGAUCAUGGAGUACUUAAUUCGUCAUACAGCUUAUCUGCUAUACAAAAAAUCCCUUUACUCUACAAUGGUACAUCAUAUAAGGAGAAUCCACCUACAAAUUACAUUCCGACAAAUUCAUUACCAGGUACUUUCAGAAAGAAUGGAAUGCAAAACCUGAGAAACAAUAGCAUACCACAACAACAAUUUGGAGGAUUAACGCAACCUCAAACUUUAGAUAUGGAGAAUACCAAUCUAACAACAUUUCCUAUGAUUGAUGACACAAAUAAGUUUGUUAGUUUCACACCAACAUACAUUCGAGCUCCAUCACUUAAUACUCCUUCACCAAAUCUUAAUCGUGACGUGGUGAACAAUUAUGGAUACUCACCACAAACUCCGGUACGUCAUUUUGGGCAGGGUGAAAUUCACUCAUUUCCGCAGUAUUUAAUACGAAUGCAGCAUCCGCAUGUCAUAUACGACGAUGUUGCUGGAGGAACAUCAAGUAUUGUAGGGUCAUUGGGUCAUAGCCCAAGUGGUAGCAUUAUAGACACUACAAGUUUGCAAACUCAUUUAGCUCAACUUCAAAAUAUCAAUGUAGCGAGACAAAAUAAUAUAUUACAACCAACUAAUUCAAGUUUCUCUAAUCUCAUGAACCUAUCCCCGGACUCUAAUAUUCAGGGUCAUUAUAUAUCACUCCAACCCUCAAUAAGCCAUAAAUUAGCAGACGAUAAGAUUGCAACUUCGAUUACUUCAUCAGUUCCAGUAUCAGUGUCUACACCAACUUCACCUAAUUACUCAGGUCAAACCCGGUCAGAUACAUCUGUUAUCCCAAGUGUUUCCUCGUCAACGACUGGAAGUUCAACUAAUUCGCAACAAACAGUAACAUUGACCCAAGCUGACAAAUCAUUAAAUACUAAUAUAUCAAGUAUAAAUCCACCUUCGACAUCUUCCCCAUCAAUUAGUUGACUUGUGGCAAACACAACAAACAACUGAUUCUUACUCACUUGGAUUUAAUAAUAACUGAAACAUAAAAAACAACCACUAAUUUCUAGUGAUAUUAAUUGAGAAAUUUUAUGUACAAUACAAGCUAGAUAUCGAAGAAUCUGAUAUAUUUCAUAUCGUUCAAUCUUUGCAAAAGAUUAUUGUUAUUUAAAUGAGAAUCCGCGAUUGUUGUC